AUGACGAACAAGAUGAAAGGCCUUCUCAAAGGCCUCAGAUACAUUUCCCAGAUAUUUGAUGAAGAGAAAGAACAAGAAAUGCAGAUUGGUUUACCCACAGAUGUAAAGCAUGUGGCUCAUAUUGGAUGGGAUGGACCGGCCGCUGAUUCACCCGGCUGGAUGAACGACAUAAACUCGUCAUCAGGAUUACACUCGGCACCAUUAGGCCCCCAUGGGGACCCUAAAGACAAUUCUCAGAUCAAAUGGGUUUCUGAAGAUUCAAAGCGAAGCAGCAGCCAGAAAGCAACAAGUAACAAUGACUCGUCGUCACCGAAGAAGAAAGAUCCGUCCACAAAACCAAGGCAAUCAAGAAAGCACCAAUCGAAGGAGUUGAACAAGCAAGAUUCGACCAUGCAUGCAACAACAAGUACUUCUUCGUCGUCGCCCCCAAGAGGCUUGCCAGAUAUUCCAAAGAAAACGCGUAGAAAAAAGUCAAAGGAAUCGGUCAAUGGGGGCGGAUCCACUAGGUCGCGAACCAAAGGAACAACUUCUAGUAAUAAUAAUGGCGGCACAACUGAAAACUCGGAGCCUGCUCCGAGUAUAGAUGGUGAUGAAGACCAGAGGGAAAAUAGAGUAACCCUAAGAGAGUAA